AUGGACCACCGCUUCCGGAUACCCUUCAAUUCCCGUGGUUCUUUGCAUGGUGUUUUCAGCCUUGUAUUUCUCGUGUUUUGCUUUCACCAACAGACCCAUAAAUGGAACUACAAGGGUACCAACCGGGUCGGUUUGCUGGGUACUCCACGAAACUUGGGUAUCAAGACCCCACCUGAUUGUACAGGACUAAAUCAUCAUGAAGGUUAUGAAAGUGUAUGUGAGUUCUUAUUAGCUAACCCUCAAUGUAAAUCCGAUGGGUUUUUCAAUUACAUGAACUUCUUCUACUGUUCUUCUCAAAACCAUGCUUUCUUUGGUUACAUUGUACUCGUUUUAUGGCUUGCUGCCUUGUUUUAUCUUUUGGGCAACACAGCUGCCGAUUAUUUCUGUUGUUCUCUUGAAAAGUUGUCGAAUUUAUUGAGAUUACCACCCACUGUCGCAGGGGUCACCUUGCUUCCAUUAGGAAACGGUGCCCCUGAUGUAUUUGCUAGCAUCGCUGCUUUUGUGGGCACCGAUAAUGGCGAUGUUGGACUCAAUAGUAUUCUGGGUGGAGCCAUUUUCGUGACGUGUGUUGUUGUCGGGACUAUUUCUAUCUGUGUGGCUGAUCAGGUUGUGAAUAUCGAUAAGAAAUGUUUCAUUAGAGAUGUAUCUGUGUUUCUUUUUGCCGUUGUUUCUCUUGCUUUCAUCUUGCUUAUCGGAGAGGUUAGUGUCGGUGGCGCAAUCGCGUUUGUUUUUAUUUACAUUGUUUACGCCGCCUUAGUUGCCGCUAACGAGUUCUUGAGACAAAGAGAUGGGAUUUUGAACAUUGAGACAAUAAGUGUCCCGUUGUUGGCUGUUACUCAAAUGGAUGGUUACGAAAAUAAAGAUAUUGAAUCAAUAAACAUGUCUUUCACGGAUUCCGAUGAUGUCCCGCUCUUGAUUGAAUCAAAGGUUCCGCACUGGAUGUGGGGUUCAAACGUGUCAAUUUACUCCGAGGUUCUUGGACAUAUGGAAGAUAACCCAAAGCCUCUUUGGGGAUGGAAGGAUGAAGAACAUAACAAUUCAUCACUUUCGUGUUCUAAACUAUUUUCAUGUCUAGAAUUCCCGUUAUCAUUGCCAAGACGGUUGACAAUUCCAAUAAUCGAGGAAGGAAGAUGGUCAAAAGGUUACGCUGUCGCCAGCGUAACCCUAGCCCCUUCACUCCUCGCGUUCCUAUGGAACAACGUGUAUGGUAACAACCGACUAGCUGCUGUGCUAAUCUACUUAGCUUGCGCACUAGUCGGUUGUUUCUUUGGUGGGGUUGUGUUUAUAUGCACAAACGCAAACCACCCACCUCAAAAAUGGGUGCUUCCAUGGGUUGUUGGAGGAUUCUUUAUGAGCAUUGUUUGGUUCUACAUGAUAGCCAAUGAGCUAGUUUCUUUAUUGGUAGCAUUUGGUCUGAUAUUCGGAAUCAACCCAUCAAUCCUUGGGUUAACAGUUUUAGCAUGGGGGAACUCGAUGGGUGACUUGAUGUCAAAUGUUGCAUUGGCGGUUAAUGGCGGUGAAGGCGUGCAGAUUGCAAUAUCCGGUUGCUAUGCGGGCCCAAUGUUCAACACGCUUGUGGGUUUGGGGAUUUGUAUGUUGAUUGGAUCAUGGUCCAAGAGACCGGAGUCUUAUAAAAUGGGUGGUGAUGUGGGGCUGUUUUGUAAUAUUGGGUUUUUGGUGGUGGGGUUGGUUUGGUCGCUGGUGGUGUUGCCGAGAAAUGGGAUGCAGCCAAGCAAGUUGUUAGGGAUAGGGCUUAUGGGGAUUUACGUGGUGUUUCUUGGAACUCGAUUAGGGAUGUCAAUCGGUGAUGGAUCACUUGACAAUACUGGCUGA